GAGAUGGAUGACACGAACGGGGAACCUUAAAGCCCUCUCCGCACCCGGGCAUGGCUCCGUCCCUCCCAGGACAUCGUCGCGGACAUGUCCACCGUCAUCCGCGCAGAGCGGGAGGACGACCAUGGCGUCUCCAUCACGCGCCCAAACACGAAAGAUACGCGUGCUGGCGUGCGAAGCUUGUCGCGCCCGGCGAACGAGAUGCGACGGCCGGAAGCCAGUUUGCGGAACAUGUGAGGCCCGAAGUUGCGAAUGCAGCUAUCCACAAGAUAACAAGCGCCCGGCAAGCAAUAGCGUGGAAGACCAGCUUUCCCAAAUCAGAUCUCAGCUGGACCGCAUCGAAUCAACCUUUGCAGCUCAUGGCCCACCAGCGCCUCGGAACGGUGCCACGCAGAUCCACGCUGUGGCUCUGAGCCCCUGGACCUACCCCGGAAGCGCGUCUAGCACAACAGCGAGCCCAGGGUCUCCAGAGAGUGGGUUCCCGUACAUGAAGCUUCAGACGAGCGCAUUCACCGGCAUGGCCGGCCUCGGCGAGGACUACGGCAACACGGUCAUUCGGCUCGAGCAGGAUCUCCCCGCCGCAACGGGGCCGACAUCGACCAUGUUCGUGCUCCAGCAUGCCAAGGUCAUGUCAGCGCUGCAGAGCUUCUCCGACAGGAUCCACCCGUGGUACCCCAUCCUGGAAGACCGAUUCUCAGACUGCGUCUCGUCUUUUCUGGCCAACUCCUUCGAGCGAGGCGCAGAUGCAUUCCUGGUCCUUAUGGUGCUGGCCAGCGGGACCAUAGUACAGGAAGCGGCACAUAGCGUAGCCCUGGAGCAAAGGCCCGACGCCAUGUACCUGAGCGCUGCCAUGGAGAUGCUACACCUCGUCUUCCUUGAGCAGAGCCUCCGGAGUGUUCAAUGCUUGGUGGCCAUGAGCAUUCAUUACUACCUGUUGCUCAAGCCGCUGCAAGCGCAUGAUCUGGCUGUGCUCGCCAUUAAGAAGGCGCAAAAUCUCCAUUUGAGCGGAGCCAUACAACGCGAAAAAGAGAGUAUGGAGCAUUGGACGCGUGUUUAUAGGGUAGUCCUCCUCAUCGAAGGCGAGCUGGUUGUGCCUCUCCAGUUGGCUGACAGCAACGCCUGGGAGUCCGAAGAGGAUAUCGCGUUGCCUACAGGCACUGACAUUUGGACCUUCGAAACUGACCCUCAAUCACCUGCCAUGACUCCACAGACGACUCGAUCCGACGACGUCAUAACCUAUCUUCUAGCUGAAAUAGCCAUGAGGAGAAUGCUGCGGCGGAACACCACGGCAAUAACCGUCACCACAAGUGGCAGCGUUGAGUACGCUCCUUUGGUGGCCAAGGAGCUAGAGGCACAGCUCGAGCAGUGGUUCUCGUAUUUACCAGAGCCCUUGCGCUUCUCUCGAGAGUUUGAUGGCGUGCAUGAAGAUGGCCACAUGCAGAUACCAUUUUUGCGAACUCAGUACUGGGCCUGCAUGGUGUCCUUUUACUGGCCGUCAGUUGUCCAAGUCAUGGAGUCCGAUCGGCUGACAGAUGUCACAAUGAGCGGCUGCGAAACGUACUUCCGGUCAUACCGAGAGUUCAUCAACAGUGCCACAGUGGCUCUGGACGCUUGCCUUCCAAACAAGUGGACGUUAUAUGCGAGCAUUUUCGCCAUCUCUCUUGGCGCAUAUAUGGGAGCAUCAAGCUCCCUACUCGCAUCUACAGCUGGGCGCGAGACCUGGGCGGCACUCUGGUUAGCUCGUGAUGCAUUUGGGGAGGAAUGCCGCUGCAGUCCGUCUCUGUCGGUGAUGGCUGACAGCAUCAAGGCCACUUUGUCCAACGUUGAUCUACACAGGAUAUAGUGAUUUGCAGCGAAAUAAAUGUAUGAGAUGCAGG